AUGAUCCACCGGAUAUUGGAUGGCGACAUGAAGCCCGUGAAGGAGGCGACUCAAACUAGCAGCGUGAAGGUCAGAUGGCUGGAAGGAAAACCAAGUUACAUAUCUGGCGUGACAUUUGGAUUGCCUUGGGAAAAAGGACAGCAUCCAGCAAACGCGACAACCUUCACUGCUUCGGGUAACGCAAACUUGGAAUCUUGGGCCACGGCAGUCUGGCCCGAUGGCUCGCUCAAGUGGACGGGACACGCCCUUACCGCGACAGAAUCUCCAGCCAGCGAAUAUACUAUCAUCGCCUCUGGACCCAUCAACUCGACAGUAUCGCACCACAGACGGCAAAGCCAGGGAGUCGAAGUGCGCGAUGACGGGGACAAGAUCGUAGUAAAUACCGGAAAAAUUGCAGCGACAUUUCCCAAGGAAGGAAACACCCUGGUCUCAUCCAUUCGAUCAGGUAACAAGACAGUUGGUCUCAAUGGGCACCUUGUCUUGAGGUCUCAAAAUGGUACACCUGACGAUGAUGAGGAUGGCAAACCAACUGGCAUCGAGUACUUCACAUUUACGAGCAAGAUAUCAAACGUCACGGUUUCAAAAAACACAGCACGAGCGCUGGUCACUGUUCAGGGCAGUCACGGAUUAGAUGGGGAAAGCGGCCAUCAAGACUGGCUACCAUUUACGGUGCGCUUCUAUUUGUACGCCAACUCUGAGGCAAUCCGCAUCAUACACACCAUCAUUUAUGAUGGUGACUCAAGCAAGGAUUUCAUCUCUGGCAUCGGCAUCCGUUUCGAUGUCCCCUUGGCAGACGAAGAAAUGCACAAUCGUCAUGUGCGCAUUGCUGGCGUCGAUGGAGGCCUGUUACGCGAGGCGGUUAAAGGCAUCACAGGCCUUAGACGUGACCCAGGCGCGGCGGUGAGAUCUGCUCAGUUCAAUGGAACAGCAACCCCCGAAAAGGGCUCGUGGGAUUCAAGAGUGACGAACCGACUUCAAUGGAUCCCAAAUUGGAGCGAUUUUCGUUUGAGUCAACUGUCACCCGAUGGCUUCAAUCUGAAGAAACGAACAAAAGCUGGUCAGAGUUGGGUCAAGAUCCCUGGAGGCACUCGAUCAGGUGGUCUCGCUUACCUUGGUGGAGCCACUGUUGGAGGUCUGGCUGUUGGUCUACGCGACUUCUGGAAGAAAUAUCCUACGAGCUUAGACAUCUCGAAUGCUGCCACAGAUAGAGGAUCGAUUACCAUGUGGCUUUACAGUCCUCAAGCAGGACCAAUGGAUUUACGUCCUUAUCAUGAUGGACUGGGUCAAGAUACAUACGCAAAACAGCUGGAUGCGCUGGAGAUUACCUACGAGGAUUAUGAAAACGGCUAUAAUACUCCGUAUGGCGUUGGCCGAACCAACGAGCUAUACCUUUACGCUUUCGACACAACUCCGUCGCCGACUCAUCUGUCAACGAUUACAAACAAUACCAAUAAUCCACCUGUCUUAUUCCCAGAUCCUAAGCACAUUCGCGAUACGAAAGCCAUCGGAUCGUACUGGAAUGUUCCAGGAGCUGUCGACUCUGCUCAAGCACAGAAAAUUGAGGCGAACAUGGAUUUCUUGGUCAAAUUCUACGAGAACCAAGUUGAGCAGCGUCGGUGGUAUGGCUUCUGGGACCAUGGAGACAUAAUCCAUACUUACGAUGACGAUCGGCACCAGUGGCGUUAUGACAUUGGUGGAUAUGCUUGGGAUAACUCGGAACUGUCGCCAGAUCUCUUCUUUUGGGACUACUUUCUACGGACUGGUCGUCCUGAUGUAUAUCGCCUCGCCCAUGACCAAGUGCGCCAUGGUGGCGAAGUUGAUUCUUAUCAUCUAGGAAACUUCACUGGCCUUGGUACUCGACAUGGCGUCCAACACUGGGCCGACUCAGCUAAGCAAGCUCGCAUCGCUACACCGGUUUACAGGAAGGCGUUCUAUUACAUCUCUGGCGGAGAUGAGCGCACAGGUGAUAUCAUCCGCGAAGUGCUUGAUGUCGACCAAUCAUUCGUCCGAGUAGACGCGCGACGAAAAGUGCGCGAUCCCAGCGUAGUAUACAAUCCGGACCCGAAGGCUCUAUACCUAAAUUUCGGCACAGACUGGGCGGGUAUCGCACAAGCUUACCUGAUCGAAUGGGAGCGACAAGGUCCUCGUGCUCAAGAUUCGCAUGACAAGCUCGUUGAAGCCAUCAAGACGUACCCCAAACUCAAAAACGGCUUUGUGACCGGCGAAGCACUGUACAACUCACUGACUGGAGCUUGGAGCCCACCACCGACGGACCCAGGCAACGAUGGGAACGUCACUGUGUCACAUCUUUCUGGUGUGUUCGGUGUUCUUGAGACGAUCGAUCAGCUCAUUGACCACUUUGGCCAACGUAAUCUCACACAGCCAUUUCUUGAUGCCUUCCUCGACUACUGCUACUUCUACGGUGCCUCCAAGGCAGAGCAAAAGGCGCGUUAUGGCAGGGAUUUUGGCAACUUGAACCUCAAGCAGGGACACUCUCGUUAUACAGCUUAUGUCGCGAACAGACGCAACAAUGCGACACUUGUCCCCCGUGUCUGGUCGGAGUACCUAGGCGAUGGAAGCAAAGACGGACUUGCGCCAAAUGCGCCUUGGAAGACGGAAACAAUUGGCGGGAGUGAGGUCCUGCUUCCCAUCGACGAGGCAAAAUGGGUAAGCACAAAUGCUGCAGCUUUGUACGGUGUUGCCGGCAUCGAGAAUUUGGCAUUAGUUGGUGCUCCAGAUGUAUCUAGUAUUAGUGGGAACAGAACUUCUAGUGGGUAG